CGGAUGGGUUCGGUGUUUGGGUAAAGGAGCGGAACGUGCCUUAAGAGAGAGAAAGGAAAGAGAAGUUCUCGCUCUCUCUAUCUCUCUCCUUUCUCCGUCUAGGGUUUCCUCACAUCGAUCGAUCGAUCCCUUCCCCUUCUUCUUCUUGUUCUCCGAGCUCGGCGACGAAUCCAUGGCGAGGAAGCGGAAAUCGGAGGCAACGAGGCUCGACGAGGUGGAUCGGACGCUGUAUUCGACCUUUUGUAGCGCCGCGAACUCGUUGUCGCAGCUCUACACGCAGACCAUGAACCAGCAGAAGCUCUCCUUCCAAGCGGGAGAGCGCCAUGCUUUGGAGAAGCUCUAUCAAUGGAUCUUGAGACAGCAUGAGGAAGGAUCGAGGUUGACAGUUGCUGAUAUACUUGCCCACAUUCAGAACGAAAUCGAUUACGGAGGAGAAGAUGCAUCAGCUUCUCCGAGAUUUCAGUUCCCCCACCAGCACUCCCAAAGCACAAUGCACUCCACAAACACGAGCAAUCAGCCCCCGUCCGGCUUCUCUGCGCAGCCGACUGCCGGAUCAGCUUUCCGGAGCAGCCAUUCCGACCAGUCAAAAAACUCGGUCUUCUCGAAUGCUCUCUCCAGCCCCGUGCGCCGAAGCCUUCAACCCUAUCAUCUAGCACAGGGAGGUGGAUCUUAUUAUGUGAAUGGUGGUGGUAGGAGCAAUGAAUUGAAUCGGGAGUCGAAUUCUCCGAGCCCAAAUGAUUCAGACAUGCACGCGGAUAGCCCACCUCAUGAAUCUUACUGAUGGUUCAAUCUUAUGGGGUAAAAGCUUCAGUGUCAGUUCGGAAUUGCAUCAUGAACCUUACUACUGGUUCAUUCAUUCAGUGUCGGUUUGGAAUUGGCGUUGUUCUUAUCGUUUAGUCUAAAGAGGGUUGGCAACUCUUGCUCCUUAUUGGGUAUGCGGAGGGAGCUUUGGGGCAUAGGUAAAGAAGAGCCCUAGAAUGUAUGCCAUCCCCAUAAGGCUCUUUUAAUUUGACCUGGGUUGUUCUAUCUGUUUGUUUGCUGUGUCUCUUUCUUCUACUCCCCUCCUUGUUAAACUUUCAUUGUAUUGGAAGCUAGUCUAUACAAGUAGUGUUGUCAACAAUAUUAUUAUAUAUAUAUCAACAUGCUAUCGAUUUAUCCGAAAUCAUCUAUUAUUGAAA